AUGAUGAAGUUUAAGUCCGACCUGAAGACAAUUUAUCCUUUAGUGAAACUUUCCAAUGUACUAGCCAUCGCGCCACCUUAUAAUUUUGGAGAACAACCUGAACCUUGUACCAGAAAAUGCAAAAUAUAUGCGUCAGUUGUGUUAGCAGCGAUAUUAAGCGGGUAUUUUUACAAUGUAUACGGAAAACUUCACAAUGAAAUAAUCAAAAACUUCGACAUGGUUCAAAACCUUAUAGACUUCGCAGCUACUGCUUUUUUAACUAUGGCCAGCACGUCUUUAACAGUUAUUACAGUGCUUUGGAGAGCUGAAAAGUUCAAAUCACUUUUGUUUAGUAUCGAAAAAUUCGAUAGUUCAAUUGGAUUAAAAUGUGGGAAAAGUAAACGGAGAUUCUGGGCAGGCUAUAUUGCCUUACAACUGAUAACAUUAUCCACAAUAUUCAUUGACAGCUUCGUUUGGAUUAAAACUCUUGGACUGAAAAUAUACGUGUACUAUAUUGCAAAAUACGUCAUGUGGUACCAGUUCAACGUAGGAACUUUUUUGAUAUUUUGGCUGGCUCUAGAAAUAGAAGGGAGGUUCAGAGAGGUAAACCGUUUGCUUAUACGUUGUGCUAGAGGUAAAAAGUCUUCAUUUCUAAUACCGACUCUACUGUACGAGUAUUCUAUAGUGAAUAGGAAAGACAAACCGUUCUACAUCAGAAUACCUGAUACAGUUCUUUUAAGAAGCAUAAAGUUCUGGUACAACGACUUUGUUACACUGGUCGAGGAGUUUAAUUCAAUUUUUGGGCUGAACCUUCUAUUUGUUAUUCUGUUUAACAUAACGAACGUUGUACAUUAUACCGAGAUACUCAUGCUUCACGUAAUUUACAAGAAAGUUGAGACGGAUUUUGAAGUCGGAUUUAUUUUUCUGAGUCUCAUGUGGAUAACUGUGGCAUUCGUGCAAACAAUGGCAAUAGCAGCUGCUUGUGAAAGUUUGGCCAACGAAGCCGGUGGAAUAACCGCAAUUUGUUACACUCUUCUUAGCGAGGUAUCCAGUUUUCCAAAAACUGAUUAUGAGGCGGCUUUGAGAAAAGAACUUCUUCUUUUAGCCGAACAGACUGGUGCCGGUCAUCCAAAAGUGUCAGCUGCGGGAUUUUUUGAAGUAAAUUUUGGGAUGAUGGGCUUUGUAGUUGCCAGCGUAACGUCGUAUAUUAUUGUAACUAUCCAGUUUAUGUAA